UCCAUUCAGAAGAUUUGGCAUUAAUUGUAGUACAGAAUGUCAUUGUUCUUAUAACACGGCUUGCAACAGCAUCGAUGGAAUGUGCACAGCAGGAUUAUGCGAACCGGGGUGGUAUGGACAAUCCUGUAGUCAAGGUUGUCCAUUCAGAAGAUUUGGCGAAAAUUGUAGUACAGAAUGUAAUUGUUUUAAUAACUCGACUUGCGACAAAAUCAAUGGAAUAUGCUCAACAGGACUAUGCGAUCCGGGGUGGAAAGGACAAUCUUGUAGUCAAGUGUGUGAUAGUGGUACCUAUGGUAAUCAAUGUAGCAGCAGUUGUGGACACUGUGUAGAUGGUACGACCUGUAAUAACGUGAACGGAACAUGUUUUGGCGGCUGUAUUAAUGGGUAUUUCUAUAACGCAACAGACACACUUUGCAAAACUCCAUGCGAUGGAAUUCAUUUUGGGAAAGGCUGUAACAAGACAUGUCACUGUGAAUCUGGUAUACCGUGUAAAAAUGGUAAUGGUGAGUGUCCGAAUGGAGAAUGUGCAGCAGGAUGGACUUCACAAGCAUGCGACACAAUGUGCACAAAUGGAAGUUAUGGCUAUGAGUGCAAAAAUAUGUGUGGGAAAUGUGCAAACAGUCUUCCAUGCAACAACGUUAAUGGUACUUGUUCUGGAGGGUGUUUAGAUGGAUACAUUUUAACAGAUCACUUAUGCAAAACAACAUGUCAAAGCGGAUUUUACGGACAUAAUUGUUCAAAGCCGUGUGGACACUGUAACAAGGACUUGGCAUGCAACAUUUCCAGCGGAUUUUGUUUUCACGGAUGUAAUGCUGGCUUCAAUGGUCAUUUGUGUGAAACAAAUUGCGGAAACAGCACAUUUGGACCAAAUUGUGCCGAUCCGUGUCACUGCUCAGGCAAUUCACAGUGUGAUAUUUUUCAAGGAAACUGUUCAAAUGAAUGUGACAUCGGUUGGGCUGGUUUCAAUUGCAGUAUAGAUCUUAACAUCCUUCGGCGCAAUACAACAUCUGCAACAGCACUUCAGUCAAAGAUGUACAGCAACUGUAGCGCUCACCGUGCAAUUGACGGUAUAGAUGCACCAGUUAAUCCAUCCAAUGAUGCGAAUUUAUGUGCGGCUUGCAGCGUAGCACAAAGCAAAAGCAGUGUUCAUGUUUCAUGGUGGCAGUUGGACUUGGGGUCGAUGUUUCUUGUGAAGUUCAUAAAGAUAUUUGGCAGAUCUAGCAAGUAUUUAGAGUAUAAUUUCGUUAAGUCACUGGGCAGUUUUGACACAGAAUUGCUUUACAAUGAGAAAUUGUGUUAUUAA